CGCACACACAGCAAAGGGGAGGGUGGUGUCAGUCGAUCUCCCUCCCCCCCGGCUACCUAUAUGUAGGCCAAGGUUGCACGACGUGGAAAGAAGACGUCGGAACUGUCAAUUGUCUGUCAAUCCCAGCAGCAGCAGCAGUCUUUCUGCCCCUCCCGGCCUCUGGCCUACAGUCACUCGUUUGGACACUAUUCGUCCCUGCAUACACUCUUUUUAAUCCCAUCGUUCAUUAGUUAAUUUAAUAUACCAACCAACUACGUGGCCCAUCAUGGGUCGUUCACUCGUUAUCACUACUGUACUACUUAAUCUACUAAUUGCGUCCUCGGACGCGCGGUCUAUCGUCCCCGUCAAGCGGCAGAGCGUUCCUGCGACGCUGCCGGAGGACUGGAGCUACAAGGGAUGUUACACGGAUUCGGUGGGGUCGCGCUCGCUGCGCAGCACCGCGACGGACAGCGACGCCAUGGAUGCGGAGGCCUGUAUUGCUUACUGCGGUGCGAGGGGGUAUUCGCUCGCUGGGACUGAGUAUUCGAGAGAAUGCUACUGCGGGAACAAGAUCCAGGGAGCCGGUGCGCUGGCUGAAGAUGGCUGCAGCAUGCCCUGCUCGGGCGAUGCCACUGAAGCCUGCGGUGGACCAAACCGCCUCUCCGUCUACGAGAAGGCUACCACUUCUGCUCCACCUGCAGCAGGAAGCGUAGGAGAAUGGGGAGCUAAGGGCUGCUAUUCAGAUUCCGUGGCCGCUCGCAUUCUCUCGUACGGCGCUGCUGUCAAUGGCGGUGCUGCGAACAUGAGCGCUGAGAGCUGCACUGAUGCUUGCGCCGCCGGUAACUACAAAUACGCCGGCACGGAAUACUCUGGCGAGUGCUUCUGCGGAAACACGCUCGACAACGACCAUGGACCCGAGGAAGACGGCUGCGAUAUGGUGUGCAACGGCAACCACAACCAAAUCUGCGGCGGCGCUAACCGCAUCAACAUCUACGAGUUCGGUCUCACAGCUGCGCCUACGACCGGCUGGAUUGCCCAGGGGUGCUACACAGACUCAGUUGCAGCGCGCACGCUGAACGUCGGCAUGCCGGUCGAUGGUGGUGCUGCAGGCAUGACGAACGAGAAGUGCCAAACUGUCUGCAAGGGCGCCGGCUACACCUACGCGGGAACCGAGUAUUCCGGAGAAUGCUACUGCGACAGCCAACUCCGCAACGACGGUGGCCCAGCGCCCGACGGCAACGACGGCUGCAACAUGCUCUGCAACGGCAACCAGACCGAGGUCUGCGGCGGCCCCAACCGUCUUACGCUCUUCAAGUACGUGACCGGCGACGAGCCCACUGCGUCCAGCACUGCUACGACCGCGACUCCCACCGAGCCCACCGCUACAUCCACGAGGACAAACACUGCGACUGCCACUGCUACCGGCCUGCCCACGGGCUUCGAGUACAAGGGCUGCUGGGUCGAUGGCCCCGGAUUCCGCAUCAUGGACAACCAGCAGACGGAUGACCAGCAGAUGACCAUUGCGUCGUGCUCCAACAAGUGCGCCGACCUCGGCUACACCAUCGCCGGCAUGGAAUACAGCUACCAGUGUUUCUGCGACGACGUGAUCCGCAUGAGCGGCUCCCUCGCCGACAACGACUCCGAGUGCAGCAAUCAGUGCGCGGGCAACGCUGACGAGAAGUGCGGAGGCCCCAACAGGCUCAGCGUGUGGUCUAGCCAGGAAACGCUCAAGAUCGUCAAGAAGCCGACGCCGAAGCAGAACGUCGACGGCUGGGUGUACCAGGGCUGCAUUACGGAGACUCAGGAGCAGAGCGUGCCGCACGUGUUCCAGUGGAAGCUGUUCAACGAGACUGGCAACACACCUGAGUGGUGCCUGGGCCAGUGCAAGAAGUUUGGCUACAUGGCCGCGGGUAUGGAGUACGGGAACGAAUGCUACUGCGGUGACAUCGAUGGGAUCGAACUCUCUGGUGCUCUGCCCGCGCCGGAGACUGACUGCGCAUUCGCCUGUUCCGGUGACCCCGAAUCGCUUUGUGGUGCUGGUCUACGCCUCAACUGGUACAAGUGGGAAGACGAUCCGCUCUAUGUCUGGAACUACCCCGAAGGCAACGAAGCCGGGCUCUACGAGUUCCUUGUCGGCGGCCCAGUCAUCCCGCUCAUUUCUCAGCCCGCCAUCAACGGCAAGGUCAUGCUCCUGGAAAAGAAGGGCACCGGUCCGCCAAACUCAACCGGCGCGUACGAGUUCGAUCCGUCAAUCGGUGGUGAUAUCUACCAUGCUUUCCGCGAGCUGCAGGGUAUCGACACGGACAUUUUCUGCGCCGCCGGAUUGACGUUGCCUGAUCGAAAGGGCCGCCAGAUCAACGUUGGCGGGUGGUCGCUCGACUCCACAUUCGGUGUUCGCCUCCACACGCCCGAUGGCGAGCUCGGUGUCAACGGCACCAGCAGGUGGCAGGAGAACUUCCACGAGCUGGCUCUGCAGAAGGGUCGCUGGUAUCCCACAGCUAUGGUCAUGGCGAACGCGUCGAUGCUCGUCGUCGGUGGCCAGGGCGGCUCGAACGGUGUCCCUGUUCCGAGCAUGGAGGUUCUUCCCCGUGCCGGAGGUGUCGUUGAAGCUGAUUAUCUCCGCGAGACCGACCCUUUCAAUCUCUACCCCUUCCUAGUGGUGCUGCCCUCCGGCGGCAUCUUCAUCGCGUACUACCACAUGGCCCGCGUCAUCGAUGAGGUGACGCUCGACACCGUCAAGGUCCUACCAAACAUCCCCAGUUCCGUCACCGCCAACGGUGGACGUACCUAUCCUUAUGAGGGGACUCAAGUGCUCCUUCCACAGUCCUACCCCUACGACGAUCCGCUCGAGGUCCUCAUCUGCGGCGGCGCGGCUGGCGGUGUGGGCAUCGACAACUGCGUCUCCAUUGCCCCUGACGCCGACGAGCCCGAAUGGACCAUCGAGCGAAUGCCGUCUCCCCGCGUCGUCUCCUGCAUGGCCACCCUUCCCGACGGCACCUUCCUCAUCAUGAACGGCGGCAAGACUGGCGAAGCCGGCUUUGGCCUCGCCAAGAGCCCUAACCUGAACGCGGUCCUCUACGACGCCAACCAGCCCAAGCACCAGCGCAUGAGCGUCAUGGCCAACACCACCAUCCCGCGCAUGUACCACUCCGAAUCUGUGCUCAUGGACGACGGGCGCGUGCUUAUCACCGGCUCCGACCCACAGGAUCCGGACUUCGACCAAGAGUACCGCGUCGAGCAUUUCCUGCCUCCGUAUCUCCUUGACGGCCGCCAACAGCCCACCCUUCAGGUCGCGGAGAAGGACUGGGAGUGGGAGCAGGACUACAGCUUCACCAUCACGCGCCCCAACGGCAAUGGCGACAUCAAGGUCUCGCUUCUCGGCUCGGAGUCCAGCACCCACGGCAACUCGAUGGGCGCCCGUGUCCUCUUCCCCAACUUCUCAUGCGGUGGCAACUCGUGCACCGUCACUGCGCCCAAGGGCCCGUACAUCGCUCCUGUCGGUUGGUACCGCAUGUUCGUGAUGGAGGGUCCUACGCCUUCGCACGCGGUAUGGGUGAGGAUCGGUGGAAGCGUCGCUGACGCGGCGAACCUUGGUAACUGGCCCAACUUCGAGACUUUCCAGCCGCUGCCAGGUCUCGGGCCUAUAUAAUGUUCGUGUUUCCUUGCGUCGGUUAUGCAUUGGUGCCUACGACGGCGGUUCCUUUUCCUGUAUGUAAUUAGGCGAGCAACGGGAAUAGAAUGGACUUGCAUCGCAGCUACGAUAUCCAAUCAAAUUCAGGACGUCUCCAACGUAGCGGAUGCUCGAUCUCGUGAUAAGUCGCGCCUGACACCCGAUUACGACGAUGACGUGAGUGGCCGUCCGUGCCU